AACUGGGAACACAGCCUUCAUCAGUAGCUUCCAACGAUUGAAAACGAACGAUUGGAGCUCUUCAAAUUAUUUGUAAUAGAAUAAAAGUUUAUUUUGUUUCAAAAUCUUUGUGAAAUGGCCAAUCGCAUGGGAGGCGGGGCUUGCUGUCCCUCAAGAUGUGGACCCGCCUGUGCACCUUGUCCUCCCUGCCCUCCAUGUGAUCCACCACUGGUUCGGCUGGAUAAACUGUGGCCGGAGCCCUACGAUCCCUGCUCCUUCAAGAACUGCCUGAUCUUUGGUGGUCAUGAUGAGCCCUAUGUGCAGCCCUUUGAUCCCAAGGCUUGUGCUCGAAUGCGUCGUAAUGAUAUAGACCGAUCCUUGGGUUACCCUAUAGGCGUAGUUUCCGGUACUAUAGUAGUAAAGUCGGGCAUUCCGAAUCAGGAGAGUGUUCGAUUUGGUGGCAAUCUCAAGGGAUUCGCUCAUUCCUAUUACACCCGUCGCGAUGAAUGGAAGCCGGAGACCAUCGACAUGAUAGUUAACGAGGGCCAGGUGCUGUUCAACGAUUCGGAGAACAUGUAUCCCCCGAAUUUCGUAGAAGCCCCCGAUAUUUACGAUGAAAACGAGCAAAGGGUCACGCGUCACUUUAAAAUCAACGACAUUGAGUUUGCCAUGGAGUUGGAGGCGCCCUUCGAGAUCUACGGCUAUGAAAAUAUCAUACACAAUCUGCGGAGGAUUCUGAGAGCCUUCUUUAAGAAGGCCAAAUAUGGCGUCUUCUUCACACCCAACUGGUAUCUGCUGAUUUGGAAGGAGAAGGGUGUGUGGAUGGUUUUGGAUCUGAACGGCAGGGAUAAAAGCACCAUGAAACCCAACUAUGAAGAGGGUUAUCCUCUGCUCUUGUGCCUCAAGUCCUUCGACAAUGUCGUCUGGUUGAUCAAAAAGGAGAGUGAUCUGGAGAAGACAGCUAGGUUUACGAUUAGGGAGAUCCUAGUGGUUCGUAUGGCCACUCCGGGAAAUACGGGGCAGAGUUGGGAGCGAGAGCAUGGAAUGCGAAUGAGCCAAUACGAUGUGAUAGCCUCCGAUUACGCCUAUGUCAAGUCCAAUCUUCAUCUGACCCUGAACUCCAAGGAUGCUCUGAGGAAUCGCAGUGCCCUGCCGGUGGCUGUGGCCACUGCCUUGGCCUCCAAAAUCGAUCAUCCCGCCACGUGGGACCAGAAGAUGUACGACAAGGUCAUGUGCUAUGGCGUUAAUAUGUGCAAGAAUUGCUGGGAGCCCUGUGUGGAUCUCAGUCAGCCCAUGGAUCUCGAUGAUUUCCCACGACAGAUUCGCAUGGGUCAGUUUGUGGCCGAGAUUAUGCUUACUCCCAAUGUCUACGAGGGCUGGUGGAAGUGUGUGCCAAUGUACAAGUUCAACGAUUUCCAUCUGAUGUUGGAAAAGGCUCUGGAUCAAAACGAUUAUGUGAUCUUUCAGAUCAACAAUCAAAUGUACUCGCUGUGGAAGAAGUCAGACUUUAUCUAUCUGAUGGAUCCGUAUCGGCAUAAUAUAGUGGGUCGCAUUUUGGAGGAGGGUGAGGAUCCGAAAAGUGCCACGGUUAGGAUGUUUGGGAACAUGGAUCGUCUGUUGAGCGUCUUUCAUCAGAUUCUACUGGAAUCAAACCGAUCUGCUAUAUUCCACAUACAUACCCUAAGGAUUAGGAAUAUUACGGAGUGUCCUCCGGGAACUGCUCCUGCUCUACUUCCUCCUGAUGAAGAUGUGGAGGUACGAUCUCUCAAUGAGAACAUUCGCUUCGAUGAGAACUACGACAAGUGCCUGCAAGAGCUGGGCGAGAUCAGCGACUUUGAGGAGGAUCUGGUCUCGGAGAUCGAACCCAUUGUGGAGGUCAGUUCCUCCGAGGAGAUGGUCGAGGAGGAGGAAGGCGGUGGCGGCGGAGAAGUCGAGGGAGGCGAAGGAGAGGACGAAGAAGAUUAACGCAAAAGAAAUUUUUCCAGUGAACAAUUUUCGGCAUUUCGUAUACAUUUUUUACGAUUUAAUUAUUUCACUUCCUGAACAACUGCUAAAAUUAAGAAUAUAAAUUAUAAGUUAACCAACAAUAAUGUGUUUUAUAUAUUAUCGAUUUUAUCGAUAGUAUCGAUAAUUGUUUAAAACCAGAGAAAAGAAGUUGUAAGUGGAAAAACUAACAUGUUUCUAUAAUUUAAACCUACUGAGCAGUUACAAAUUAAUGAUAAAAAAUUAUAUUUAUAAAGCCCUAUUA